AUGCCCCAAGUCGAUCUCGAAGCCUUUGUUUCUUCAGUAUGCGCCGACCGGAAGAUAUCAUGCGAGUCGACCCUCGCCGUCGCCGAAGACCCGGAUACCCGACCAUACUACUACAACAACAACUCUGUCGUGAGUCCGACUGAUUAUCCACCGGAAUCUUAUUCCUUGUCCAAAGAUGCUCAGCUCGAGUGGCUCAGCGACAACGCAUUCUUCGACCGUAAAGAUUCUCAGAGAGGUCACUCCGCGAAUCUCAACUCUAAUCCCAACUCCAACCCGAGCUCUCAACGGUUCUUACUAAAAUCCAAAGCGUCGAUCAUCGGUUUACCGAAGCCGCCGAAAACGUGUUUCAACGAGGCGAAGCAGCGGAGAAACUGCGGCAGAAACGACAAGAACCGGGUUAUACUGAAACGGGUCGGAUCACGAAUGAAGUCGAAUCCUAAUUCGUUGCUCGAACCUUCUUCUCCUAUAGUCUCUUGCAUCGGGAGAGUAAGAUCCAGAAGGGAACGUAGCCGCCGGAUGCGCCGUCAAAAAUCGGGUCGACCCGAGAAGGCGAACCGGGUCAAGAAACCCGGGUUUUUGGCGAGUUUCAGAGCCAUCUUCAGGAUCGGAGGCGGCUGCAAAAACGCGUCAUCGUCGAGUGGGACACACACGUCGCCGAGUAGGACACAAGACAUCAGGAGCCGGCUUCCAACGGAAAACGUUGAAGAGGUGGUGGUGGACCUGGUGGUGCCCGGUUUGGGAGAUAUGGCCCGGUUCGCUUCUGGAAGAAGAGCGUGA